UCCAUUUCCAUCAUGGCCCACCAAAACCGCCUCGCAAACACUCACGUCCUCGUCUUUGGCGGGACGUCUGGCAUCGGCUUCGCCAUAGCAAACAUGUGCCUUUCGUACGGGGCACGCGUCACUAUCUCUGGAUCCACACAGGCCAAAGUGAAUUCCAAGGUGGACAAACUGCGCUCGCUGUAUCCCAGCAUCGCCCCGGAAGAUGUAGCGGGCUUCGCCGUUGAUCUCUGUGACAAAGAGCAUCUCGAGGCCAAUUUGACGGCGCUGCUCGACCAGGCGACGCACAAGGGGGCGAAGAAGAUCGACCAUAUCGCUUUUACGGCGGGAAAUGCGCUUCCAAUCGUCAAGAUAGGUGAUUUUGAUCUCGCUACGUUGGCGGAUGGGUUCAGCGUGCGUCUUGUGGCUGCGUGUAUGGUGGCAAAGGUGGUUGCGAAUGGAGAGUACAUGCCUCGUUCCGCUUCCAGCUCCAUUACUCUGACCGGAGGCUCGAAUACGCAUCGACCCAUGACGAACUGGGCGUUGGUUGCGGCGAUAGGUGCAUCGAUCGAAGGCCUCGUGCGCGGUCUUGCCGUGGACCUUGCGCCGAUUCGCGCCAAUGCUGUCAUUCCUGGUGCUAUUGAGACGGAGUUGUUGGAGGGCUUCCUGGCAGGUUCUAGCACCGAGGCAGUUGAGAAGAUGAAGAAAACGGCUAGUCUGAGUGGAGAGUUUGGUCGGCCAGAGGAUAUUGCUGAGGCGUAUGGAUGGGUGAUGAAGGAUAGGUUUGUGACAGGGACUAUGGUGUGUAGUGAUGGUGGGCACUUGCUUAUGGGAACGGAAUAG